AUGAGCUUCUCAAGAAUAUACAACGUCUUCUUUAAAAGAAAUUCUGUCUUUGUCGGUACCAUUUUUGCCAGUGCAUUUAUUUUCCAAGCUGCCUUUGAUUCAGGUAUCACAAAAUGGUACAACAACCAUAACAAAGGUAAGUUAUGGGUCGAUGUGAAAAAGAGUUUAGAAGAGGGCAAUGGUGACGACGACGAUGACGACGAAUAA